UCGGAGUACAACACACACAUUAGACCAAACUAACCAAACCUCCCCAGCACAAUCAUUUUCUUGAUUUUCUUUCUCAAAGGUAUUUAAAGCAGAAAGGCACAAUGGCAAAUCUCGUUGGAAAAGUCACCGGAUUGGUAAAAACUAGUAUUACACAGGCAAAACCUGUGCUGAAUGUGUGGCAACAAUAUGCCAGAGUAGAACUCACACCACCCACCCUAAGAGAUAUUCCUGAGAUUCGUAAUGGUUUUUCCAAGUUGAUUAAUUCUGCACGAACUGGACGUUAUCGUGAAGUCACUGUACGUGAGGCUAUUGUAAACACGUUAGUGGCUGCUGAAAUAUACUGCUGGUUCUUUGUUGGAGAAUGUAUUGGAAAGCGACACUUUGUUGGAUAUGAUGUAUAAAAUAUAUCAUGUAUUUAAUCUUUACAUAGAUAAUGUAUAAAUUUAUAGACAUCUGCUCGUAAAAAUAUACAAAACAAUGUAAAUCUCAAAUGCU